AUGGAAAAAGAACUUCCCUUCGGAGACUCGGAGGACCUGAAGAUCGGUCAUGAACCCAUUACGGGGCCUUGCUUUGUGUUUUUUCCCUGCGAUUCCUUCCCCUCUGAUUGUGUCUCUUCUCUCCUCCCACAGCUCCACUCCAACUCAGACAAAGGCGACGGCUCCGUCAGGUAUAUCUUGAGCGGCGAAGGCGCGGGGACUAUUUUUAUCAUCGACGAAGUCACGGGAGAUAUUCACGCGGCGAAGAGCCUGGAUCGGGAGAGGAAGUCGCACUACGUUCUCCACGCUCAGGCUCUGGACCGCUACACGGAGGAAGCGCUGGAACCAAAAUCGGAAUUCAUCAUCAAAGUACAAGACAUCAAUGACAAUGCCCCCAAAUUUCCAGAAGGACCCUUUGUAGUGUCGGUGCCGGAGAUGUCUGAAGUGGGGACCUCGGUGAUUCAGAUAACGGCCACCGACGCAGACGACCCCACCUACGGCAACAGCGCCCGGAUCGUCUACAGUAUCCUACAGGGACAGCCAUACUUCUCCGUCGACCCCAAGACAGGGAUCAUCCGCACGGCGCUGAACAACAUGGACCGCGAGGCGCGGGAGCACUACGCCGUGGUCAUCCAGGCCAAGGACAUGGCGGGCCAGGUGGGGGGGCUGUCGGGCUCCACCACCAUCAACAUCACCCUGUCCGACGUCAACGACAACCCGCCCAAGUUCCCGCAGAAGAACUACCACCAGUACGUGCCCGAGUCGGCCCAGGUGGGGAAGCCGGUGGCGAAGAUCAAGGCCAACGACGAGGACCUGGGGGUGAAUGCCGAGAUCAAGUACACCAUCAUCAACUCAGAGGGCGCCAACACCUUCUCCAUCGCCACCGACCGGGACAGCCGGGAGGGCGUCGUCAGCCUCAAGAAGCCGCUGAACUACGAGCGUAAGAAGACGUACACGCUGCACAUCGAGGGCACCAACACGCACACCGACCCGCGCUUCACCUACCUGGGCUCCUUCAAGGACACGGCCACGCUCAAGUUCACCGUGGGUGACGUGGACGAGCCGCCCGUCUUCUCCAUGGAGUACUACAUCAUGGACGUGUACGAGAACGCGCCGCCAGGCACCGAGGUGGGCGCGGUCAUCGCCCGCGACCCCGACAGCCGCAACAGCCCCGUGCGGUACUUCAUGGGCACCAACGAGGACGAGGAGGAGGAGGGGGAGGGGGAGGAGGGGGUGAGGUACUUCACCAUCGACGCGGACAGCGGGGUGAUCCGGACCACCGGGCCGCUGGACCGGGAGGCCCAGCCGUGGCACAACAUCACCGUGAUGGCCUCGGAGGUUGACAACCCCAGCCUCCUGAGUCAGGUUGCCGUGACGACGCAGGUCCUGGACGUCAACGACAACGCCCCGGAGGUCGCCACGGACGAGGAGGUCAUCGUGUGUGAGAGCUCACGGCCGGGACAGGAAUGGGGAGCCAUCGUGGUGCUCUUCAUCACGCUGCGCCGCAGCAAGAAGGAGCCACUCAUCUUCUCCGAGGAGGACGUGCGGGAGAACGUGGUAACCUACGACGACGAGGGUGGCGGCGAGGAGGACACGGAGGCCUUCGACAUCGCCGCGCUGCGCAACCCCGCCGGCGCCGAGGAGCUCAAGUUCCGGCGGGACGUCCGGCCCGAGUCCCGGCAGCGGCACCGCCGCCGCCACCGCCGGCACCGGCCGCCGCCGCGGGAGGGGGGCGCGGCCCGCGGGGGCGGCCUCUCGCGGGAGGAGGAGGAGGAGGAGGAGGAGCGGGAGGAGCGGGAGCGGGAGGAGCAGCGGCUGGACGCGGCCGACGUGCACGAGUUCAUCAAACAGAAACUGGUGGAGGCGGACCUGGACGCCAGCGUGCCGCCGUACGACUCGCUGCAGACCUACGCCUACGAGGGCGGGGGCUCGCCGGCGGGCUCCAUCAGCUCGCUGGACUCCCCCGCCGGGGCCCGCUCGGGGGAGGGCGAGUGCCACCUGCUGGACGACUGGGGGCCCGCGUUCCAGGCGCUGGCGGGGCUGUGCGGAGAGGCGAGGGCGGAGGCGGUAGCGGCGGCGGCGGCGGCGGUAGCGUACUCUGUGUUCCUGGGCUCCGUCUGA